AUGAAGAACAUAGUUCAAGGAACAUCCAAGCACGGAUAUGCAGUGUUGCCCAUCUUUUCAUAUGUUUUUAAUGGUUUCAAUCUAGAGUCUAUAAAUUCCCUCAUGGUUGAUAAGGAGUCGGGAAAGUUUAUGUACUACUUUAUGGUAUUUGCGGCUUCCAUCCGUGGAUAUACACACAUGAGAAAGGUCUUUACCAUUGAUAUCACAUAUUUGUCCAGUAAGUACAAGGGUGUACUGUUGUCCGUUGUUGCUCAAGAUACGCAGAAGCAUAUCUAUCCCUUAGUGUAUUGUAUGGUGGAUAAAAAGAAUGAUGCGUCAUGGGGAUUCUUUUUCGAGAAACUUAAGGCCAUUAUCGUUGAUGAACUAGAGUUGUGCAUUAUCUCCGACAUACACGCAUACACAUUGAAAGAAUUUAACGACUACUUCAACGUCAUUAAAGAAAAAUGCCCCAGCGCAAUAGCUUGCCUCGAGCAUAAUGUUGGAUUUGAAAAGUGGAGUCGGACUCACUUUUCAGGAAAUAGAUUUAAUGUCAUGACCACAAACAUCGCUGAGUCGCCCAACGCAAUGUUUCUCGACGAAAGAGAGUAUCCAGUAGCAGCCAUCUUCAUUGCAAUUGCACAUAGGUUUGGCAAAAUAUUUAGGAAGAGGUAUACGGAGGUAAAUAAUUCAAGGACUACCUUCUUUCCCGAAGCUGAGAAUAUCCUGAGGAAAAACAUGACCAAGGGCGACAAAUUAUAUGUGAACAACAUAAAUGGAAGCACCGACAAAUUUACCGUUCUUGGUUGUGGUCCUUCCACCAAAGUUAAUUUAUCAAAAAGGUCAUAUUCUUACAGGAAGUUCGACUUGGUAAAAUUGUCAUGCGCUCAUGCAAUAGAAGAGUUGUGUUUGAAGCACGAGGAUGAUUACAGUAGUAGCAUUUACAACUACUCUUCGCCCAUAUAUUCGAAAGAAUCAUACUUCCUUGCAUACUUGAAACCAAUUUGUGCAGUACCUUUAUAG